AUGGACGGCAAGGCUCUGGAGGCGGCACUGCUUCCGUGGGCCGGCUUCGAGGCACGACCCGAGCAGCCUUCAGAGGCGGUUGUCGGCGCCGAGGCCAACAUGAUCCUGGAGAUUCUUCGCUUUGCCGAGGCCAGCACCCCAGCAUCGCCCAGAAGCAUCGCCAUAUCCAAGCCCUAA